AGCAAACAGCCGAGUUCCCCCUCCUUGAACCUCAUUACCAUGGACAUCCAGAACCCGGACAUCACCUCGUCCCGGUACCGGGGGCUGCCGGUGCCCCCCGCUGCCGAGAAGAAGAAAGGGAAGAAGAAGAUCUCCAAGGCUGACAUCGGCGCCCCAAGCGGCUUCAAGCACGUCACCCACGUGGGAUGGGACCCCACCACCGGCUUUGAUGUAUGUAGCUCCAGAGACAGCAGAGGGCUGUCCCCGUGGGCCAAGGGAUGGGAGGUCCCAGGGCAGGGGGCCAAGGACAGGCUGGGGGGCAAAGCUUUGGCAUUAGCAGUGUUUGUGCAUGGGGGGGAGGGAGUGAAAGGGUGUUCCCUCGUGUUUGUGACUACCGGACUUGAUGUGCUGGGUGACUGUGCUUCAAUUGAUGUGCAUGGCUGUUCCCCUGCUGCUCUGCCCCUGAAGUGGCUGCAUCUUAGCGUCAGAUCAGCUAUCCCAAAGCAGCGUUAUGUGCAGCUGUUCCCCAACUGCCCCACCCCAGAGGUGGCUGCAACUCAGUGCAUGGGGAGUCAUCCCCAUGGAGCAUUAGGGGAGCAAACGUGCAGUUCACUUGAGCCCGGACUGCCUAAGAUACUGCCUCCCUGUGCCCCCUCCUUUUCCAAACACAUCUUUUUCUCCCCAUGCAUCUUUGCCUGUCCUUAGGGGCAGAUCCCUGGCUCUGAGCCUACCCCCAAGGCACUGGGGGACUGGCAGCAUGGCUAUUCUUGGCAGCGGCCAGGUUAGAGCAUGCCCUCGGGACAAGGGCAAGGCGCAGCCAGCUGGGGGCGCUGCUGCAGGUAGCAGGAUCCGGCUGGCGCAAGGCCUGGUCCUAGCCCCCCGAUUUUCUUGGACUCCAGAUGGGAUGGGUUCCGUGGGGCUCAGUUGGGAAUUAACAGAAGGCCUGUGGAGUGUCACAGCUUGGGGCUGUGGAUGGCCCCGUGUUUUGUCGGCCCUCGGAGGCAGCGGCCAAUAAUCUGGGCACGAGACUUCGCAAGGGGAUGGCCCGUCUGAUGCUGAGAUGCAGCCACCACUGGGGUAGGCUGGGUGGCAACACUCCUAUAUAACACCACCUGGGGCAGGCUCACCUGGUGCUGAAAUGCAACCACCUCUUGGCUGGGACAACUGGGAACAGCCCCAUAUAAAACCACAUGGGGAAGGCUCCCCUGGCGCUGAGAUGCAGCCAUCUCUGGGGCAGGGCAGCUGGGAACAGCUGCAUAUAACACACCAUGGGGACGGCUUGCUUGGCACGGAGA